AUGGUCCUUCUAUCCUCCCUACCCCACGAGCUGCUAGGGCAAGUCUUUACGGAAUGCGCCAGCGUCUGGCCAGACGCUCCGCUCGUGCUGGGCUCGGUUUCACACCUUUUCCGCCAUGUCGCAAAUACGACGCCGACUGUUUGGACCCAUCUGCAGCUCGAAAGCGCCUCCCCUGUCGAGAAGACGGCGCUCUGGUUCGCCCUUUCGCGUGCCUGUCGUCUUCGGGUCCGGCUGGAUCUGCGAGGCGCUAAAAACUUGCCGGUUCCGCGACACGGUCACGAGACUCAGUCGUGUGACGGCGUGUUCGCUGCGUUGCGCGCUCAUACGGGGCGCAUUUCGGCGAUGGAGCUGCGUGUCGACGACCAGGGCCAGGCGGGCAAGGUCUUGUCGAAGAUUUACUCGGGCGCCAGCCCCUCAGCACUGGGGCUGCGUUAUUUGCUUGUCCACGCAGCCAAGCUUAAACCCACGCCACAGCCACUAACACUUCCCGUCAUACCGACCAUUCGUGACCUGGAUACGACAAACAUCGCUAUUGAAGCACUGCAGGCCCUAGACUUAGCCCAGCUGAAAAGGCUUCGCAUUGUCCAGCCCCUCGUUUCCACCCCGCUUUCCGCGGACCACGUUGUCGAUUUGAUGCGGGCCACACCCAACCUCCGGCACUUGUGGCUUGAGGCACGGGUGGCCGAGCCAACGAGUGUGGAAACGCAGCUGAUUCCACAGCUGGAAGAGGUCCAUAUCAGGGCCAACAACCUCGUGCCUUUGCUCGACCGUUUAGUCGUGCCAAAACUGCACAACCUGUACCUCGACGACAUGGAUGGAAAACGGGACGGCGCGUCAGAGGAGUCUGCUGCCGUGCUUCACCGCCUUCUGGUCCGCAUGGAGCUGGGCAGGGGCGAUGUCACGGACAACGCGUUGCGCGAAUUUGAGCUUGUCGGCGUCCAAGUUGAUCAAGACACAGAGAUGUGGCAGCGUUGCAUGCAGAAGAUGAAGGUUCUCGAGUCAUUCACGGUUAAUUCGGCGACAGAGAGCGAUAUGGAGGAGGAAUAUAUUCCGCCGCCUGUGUCGAUUGAGCCUCUCAAACGGCCGUUUGCUUUUGGCUUUGGGUGGACAGGAAUGGAGAGCAAGUAG